GGGCAAAAACAGUCAAAAAUUGUUCGCCGCUGUUGAGAAUUCGAUUGUAAAAAACAAAAAUUUAUUUUUUUAUAAACGUGAAUAAUUUCUUUUUUUAAUAAGAAAAAAUUUUUUAAACAAAAAGAAACAUGAAAAUCUUAGUGAUUUCUUUGUGUCUCGGCACAAUGGUGAUGUCGAAUCCCGUGAAAGUUUCAAAUUUGAAAAAUUUAGAAAUAAUGGAAACAAAAUUGACGGAAGAAAUGGAUCAGCUCAAUAAACAGGAAUCUAUCAGUAUUUAUGGAAAUAUGAUUAGUCUUGAAAAAAUUUCAGUUGAUGAAAAAGAAGAAGAAGAAGAAGUUAAAGAAGAAAAUGAAACUCGCGAUCCCUUGGUGAGGAGGAUUGAUGAAUUCCUCAGAAGUAGGAAAAUUCAAAUCUCAUUUCCAAAUGAUGGAUCAUCCGUUGAUUUCCUAGGACGUGCUCUUGGCGAGAAAAAUAUUGAAUUUCAACUACGUGAACUGACUCACGGUACUUUUGAAGCCCGAACAAAAUUGAAAAGGGUCCUGCUGCCACUUCUAUUGGCACUGAAGCUGAAGGCAUUGAUUAUUCUACCCAUUAUAAUCACGAUAAUUGGCCUCAUUGGAAUCAAAGGUCUUGGAGCAGGUCUGAUGGCUCUUUUAUUAUCGGGUGCAGUUGCUUUGAAAGCACUACUCACACCACCGCCACCUUUGUCUACUAGGAUCAGUUACGGAGUAGUGAAACCCCAUGACAUCUAUCAUGAUCACUGGCAUAGGUCACAAGAGGAAAUCAAUCAACCAUAUAGAGGAUGGUCUCCUGAUUAUCCAGCCGGCGAGCAAUAUCCUUAUCAGGAAGUACCUUAAUAAAGUGAACAAAAAAUUCACAGA